GUAUAAUAUUUUUAUUUUUAAGCCUUAUAAUAUAAAUAAUAAAUGAAACCGUUUUCGUAAAUUCACAGUAUUGAUAAUUGAUACAAAGAAGCUUAUCAAAUUACAUUCGUUUCCGUUAAUGUCAAUCGAUAAAGUAUAUUUAUAGCUAUAAGUUAAAGUAUUUGAUAAGUUUUUGACCAGCAUUUUUCUUAGAAUCAACUAUCAAUGUUGUGAACGUCGUAUGGUACUUAUUCGUGUAGUCGUGAGGUUAACGUCAACCUACCUGUACCCAGUGCGGAAUAGUCGUUAUUUUGUAUUGUGUAUUAAACAUUUGUAAUGACAUCACUUUCAUAUUUUUUCAUAAAACCUGUGGUAGUUAAAAAUAAUGAAAAUGAAAAGACGGAAUCAAAUUCAAAUGAACAAGAAAUAGAGAAGGACGAAAUGCCUAGAAAAAAGAGUCCAGUAUUAGAAUUAUAGAAAAAAGUUAUGAAUAAAUCAUUAACUCAUUUGUGGUUAUGUUCGAAAACAAUAUAAUUCGUAACCGCAGAUUGGCACGAAUGGCAUACAUAAACAUUAUACGGUACAUAGGAAUUGCACCGAUAAAUCCAUUUUUACCAACUAUAGCCAAACAGCGAGGAAUUCCUGUACUCGUUAUCGGUAUACUCUUCACGUUUAUGCCUAUUUUCAAUAUAGUUGCAAGACCAAUAACUGGAUACAUUACCGACCGUUGGCGUUGUCGCAAACAAGUAUUUUUGGGUGCUUCACUGUUGAACGCGUUUUUCACUCCACUCAUACAUUUCACGCCCGACUUCAACGACAACGGACACGCCGAAGACUUGGAAAUCAUGACGCAUUGGAAAUUUUGGAUUUUUGUAGCCACCAUUACUGUGAGGAUGUUGCUUUGGAUGGUAGGAGACGUUCUCCAAGAUACGAUCUGUUUGGAAAUCUUGGGUGACGACAAAAAGAGUUACGGAAGACAACGGGUCUGGGGAGCGGUUGGCUGGGGAACUUCUACACUAUUGGUUGGUGCAUGCGUGGAUUGGUACAGCGUGGACAAAGAGCACAAAAAUUACUUGCCAGCGUAUUUGAUCGCCAUGGCGUUCCUAAUCUGUCAUUUUAUUGUUGCAUCUCAGCUAGACGUAAGUCCAAAAAAUACCUAUGAAGCACACGAAAAUGUAUACCGAUACUGUAGUCUUUAUGUACGUCCAUUAUAUAUAGAAAAAUUUAAAUAAUUUAUCAACACUGUAGUUAAUGUUUGGAACUAUAGCCACUAGGUAUACUGUAUACAAAAACUCACAAGUAAAAAAAAGUUAUUCAAU